ACAGCCAGUGAUGGGUCCGCCAAACAGAAGGUCGAAGAAAUCAAAGACAUAUUCGGUUCGCAGACAAGACUCGACAAAAUGAUAGAUAUUUGCAAAAUACUCUUAAAAGAUGAGGUCCAAGAAGUCAAAGAUAACGAGCCUUUUCUCCAAGAGAUUGUCGAGAGAGUAAAACCCGAUGUAAUUCUCACGGAUCACAUCCUUGUUAUCCCAUCGUUAAUGUGUUCGUCCAUACCAUGGGUUUUGAUUAUGUCAUGCAAUCCGUUGUCAUUUCAAUGCGGUAUCGAUGAACCAAAACUGCCGCCUCAGGGCUUAGGUUUGCCCACAAAUGGUGACCCGAAAGAGUGGUCUCGCAUAAGACAAUUGUUGGAUAAAUCCAUGAGCGAUGGUUGGACUGAAUAUAACUCAUGGCUCGUAUCUAAAGGCAUACCAUCACUGCCUCAAUACAAAACGAUUCGUUGUUCGCCUUUUCUAAACAUUUACAUAUUUCCCGAAGAACUCGAUUACACAGAUAUUAGACAAUUGCCGGACAAUUAUCACCGCUUCGAUCACUUCAAGCGAACGGCAAGUGAGGAGACGUUUGAAGUGCCAGAAAGUCUUCGGCAAAAGCCGGGAAAGUUGGUCUACCUGUCAAUGGGUUCGAUGGGAAGCGGAGACAUACAACUGAUGAAGAGAUUGGUCUCCAUUUUGGCCAAAUCUAAGCACCGGUUCAUUGUAUCGAAGGGUGUCUUUCACGAAGAGUACGAAUUGGCGGCCAAUAUGUGGGGCGAGAAAUAUUUGCCGCAAAUCAAAAUCUUGUCGAUCGUUGACCUAAUCAUAACCCACGGCGGGAACAACACUCUAACCGAAACCAUGUAUUUCGGGAAACCCUUUCUAGUAAUGCCCCUAUUCUUCGAUCAAUUCGAUAACUCGCAGAGAAUUGUUGAAAAGGGUUUUGGUUUACAAUUAGAUCCAUACAAAUGCAGUGAAACUGAUUUAUUGCAAUCAAUUGAUUCCCUACUAAACGAUCAGUUAUUAAAACAAAAGCUCAUUAAAGCCUCACAACGGAUACAAAACGAACAAAAUAUCUUAAAACUACCAAAACUUCUGGAAAGUAUAGCACAACAGAAAUGA